AGUACCUGAAAAUCCGCUAAAGCUACUGGUUUUCAUUUCACCUGUCACAAUCCGAACCGACACCGCGUCGUCGAACAAAUUCAACCUCAUAAGCGUCCCCCCCUCCUUUCCUCUUCUUUUCUUCUUGAUCCAAUAUCGCUAGAGAUGAUUUUCAGUACAUAUUUUCUUGGUUUUCUUACUAAUACCGAUGAAAUGAGAUUUUUGUCAUCAAAUUCUCCGGCGGUAUGGUCGGAAGAUGUGAUCUGAUUUCAGCAUGCAUGCAACAUUUAGCAAUUUUUGUACAUCUCUCCAUUUUUUAUCUCGAGGGUAAGGUUUCUUCUGGUGCAAAUAGCCAAGUACUUCAGCCCAAAUGGCGACGAAGGUGAAGGGUCUUUUGAAAGGCCUAAGAUACAUUUCACAAAUAUUUGAUGAGAAAGAGCAGGACAUGCAAAUUGGCUAUCCCACUGAUGUAAAGCAUGUUGCGCACAUUGGAUGGGACGGCCCCUCUGCCAAUACGCCGAGCUGGAUGAGAGAGUUUGAGUCUUCAAGGGAAGUUUCAUCCCGGUCUUUGGACGCUUUUGGAGAAGAUAAAUUGUCGUCCAAAGAUAUAAAAAAAGCUGGUGUUGGAAUUGAGGAAUCUCUGCUACGACAUGCUAAAUCAGCUGGAAUUGGCUCAUCUACUAACGGGACUCAAUGGAGCUAUGAUGCCCCAAAGCACUCCAGGCGCCACCACUCGACAGAUGUUUCAUCGGAUUCCCCAAGCCAAGAUUCAUCGGGUAGUUUAAGACACACAAGACGGGGCCGAAAUAUGAAACUUGGAAAUAGCUCGACAAUACCAGAUCUGCCUACUGUCCCCAAACAAUCUCGCCGAAGGAAGUCAAAGGGGUCAUCUGGUGGUGGUUCGUCAAAGUCACAGAGGCCAAAAGAUCAUAAUGCUUCACCCGACAUCCCUUUCAUAGAUAUGGGAUCUGGAUCUGGAUCUGUGUAAGGCUAAAGAACAUUCAGAAAUGUCUAAAUUAGAUUUUGGAAGAGCAGGAAGAGUAGAGGGUUUGAUGAGAACUCGAGGAAACGUGUGAUUUGUGUAAGUUAGAUGUUUUAACCUGAUCUUCUAGUUGAAGAUGUAACUCAAAUGUUAUGACAACUCAAAUGUUAUUUGUCAUUAUAUUCUUCUUUGGAUUUUUGGUUUCCUUCUCACGCUAGUAGCUAGAGUUUUAAGGGUUAAUGAUGGAUCGGUAGUCGAAAGAUUCAUGGCUUCUCAUCCAGGACAUAGGACGAAGCAUUAUGGAAUGGAAUGUCCAAAAAGAUAAAUCCAACAACAUUCAAAUUCUGUGGAUGCCUCUAAGUAUAUCCAUAUCCUACAAAUUCAGAGGUUCCUCUCAAGCUGCAUGCGGUGGGAACACACAGAAGAGAGAGCUGUUGUCCAUACCUAUACGAAUGAUAUCAGACACUGCAGGCUCAAAAAGACUGAGGAGCUUUUCCACCCGGAGAUACUUUUUAGAGCUGUAAUAGAAACGUUACUCGAAUUCCAGAAACUUUCUGAAACGUUGACCAAUAUAAAAGGGAUGCACAUGAAAAACUGUUUUUUGUC